AUGCAAUAUCGUCAGUUCAUAUUUCUGUCAGGAAAAGAAAGACGCAAGACGAGAGGAGGCAAACGGAAGACAUCAAGAAGUCCCCACCCCCCGCAUUCGACACUGCGUUACGGAAGUGAUUUACGAGUCUCCCCUCUCUUUACCGCCCUUCUCUCUCCCUCUCUCCCUUUUCCCUCUCUUUCUAUUCCUAAAAUAGGUCAUGCAUGUCUGCGCUUAUCUAUCUAUCUAUCUAUCUAUCUAUCUAUCUAUCUAUCUAUCUAUCUUAGUCUUUCUAUCUAUCUAUCUAUCUAUCUAUCUAUCUAUCUAUCUAUCUAUCUAUCUAUCAUGAUCGCUGUCUCAACUGUUAGCGUAUUUUUCUCUGUCUAUCUCAACAUGUUAAUAUUUGAAAAUCUGUCUCUGCCAGUUAAUUUCUCUUUCUCUCUGUGUCUCAGUUUGUUAUCUAUCUAUCUAUCUAUCUAUCUAUCUAUCUAUCUAUCUAUCUAUCUAUCGCAGGUUGUGUUUGGAGCUGUUGUUGACAGAGUGACUCACUUUUUUUUUCUUUUUUUUUUUUUUACAAUUCCUCACACCUUGUUGCAUUUCUUGACUAAAGCCGUAAUCAUAUCUAUCUAUCUAUCUAUCUAUCUAUCUAUCUAUCUAUCUAUCUAUCCCUGUUUCCACCUUUCUUUCUAUCUUUCUUUCUUUCUUUCUUUCUCAAUUCAUAUCAGUGUUCUGAACUUUCUUUCAUCUUUCUUUCUUUCAUCUUUCUUUCUUUCUUUCUUUCUUUCUUUCUAUCUAUGUUUCCAUCAUUCUUUCUUUCUUUCUAUCUAUCUAUGUUUCCAUCAUUCUUUCUUUCUUUCUUUAUUUCUAUCUAUCUAUCUAUCUAUCUAUCUAUCAUAA